AUUUUAAAUGCGUGAGGCGGCUUUUCAGGAUUGGAAUCAUUAAACGCUUGCUGCGUCUGUUAGGCCCUGUUGAGUGCAUUUUUUGCGUUGUCAGAUAAAGUUGUUCUGUGCUGCAAACGAAUCAUCGAUGUAAAAUCAACAAAACGUAAUUGUACAAAAAACUAUCCAAUAGUACCCGGUCGAUCGAUAAACAUCGCUAGCUUUUGCCGUUGCAAGAAAUAUCCGCUUGUGCUUUUGAUCUUCAAAGCAUUCAAAAAGAUGGCCAACAAAAUAGAAGAGGUUCGGACAUCGAUUGAAGCAUCGCUCAAGGAUCAAACCAAACCAUGGACGAAGGCCUUCAAUUUGGCUGAAGCGCAAUCCGGCAUACCGAGGCUGUAUAUAUUUCUAGGUGGCGUUGCCUUUAUUGCUCUAUAUCUAGCCUUCGGAUAUGCUGCGCAGAUCCUAUGUAAUGCAAUCGGUGUUGCCUAUCCAGCGUAUAUCUCGAUGAAGGCAAUCGAAACGCGCACCAAGGAGGACGACACGAGAUGGCUCACCUACUGGGUCAUCUACGGUGUGCUAUCCGUGUUCGAACAUGUCAGCUUUUUCCUGAUACAGAUAAUACCGUUCUAUUGGCUACUGAAGUGCAUCUUCUUCGUUUGGUGCAUGAUACCAAUUGAGAACAACGGAUCCUCUAUCAUGUAUAAUAAGGUCAUUCUACCUUACUUCAAGAAGUACGAGAAAAGUAAGUAGAUUGAUGCGAUUAAUUCAUGCAAGCAUGAUGAAAGCUAGCUGGUGCCGACAAUCUAAUUGGGCAGGCUGCCGACAAAAUAAAACAGGUGGCAGGCGACGUAAUCUCCAAGAAACUGUCAUAAGUUUCUCGUAGUAAUCGAAACAUUUCUACUAAAUUCAACAUCUUGCUGAGCGUAGGAAGAUAAAUCUAUGUCAUCCUUUUCGUCGUAUUUUAAUCAAUUUGGUAACAGUUAUUACACCUCUGAUCAAUUCGCUCACUAUUAAAACUGGGAAAUAUUCUCUAUUUGUACAUUGUAUGUUCCCACCGGUCAUCCAAGUUAGGCGAUGCUUUCAAUGCACUCUGUUUUGUACAAUUUGUUAAUAUAGCUGUAGGUUGAGUUGAAGUUGGAUCAGAUAGCUGACGGUACAACCUGCAAAUCUAGAACCAAGCUGUGUCGGUAAACUAGUUGAUUUUUUCUUGGGGAGGAGUUAUGCCAAUGUAAUUUACGUUUUAAAAAAUUCAAUGAAAAAUGCACAGCAAAUUAAAGCGAAAGUACAUCACUCUGCAUGUGGUUAUGGUAAAAGACACUAAGCGUAUAAUAUUUUUACAGUUUCUGUAUUGGAUAAACUUAAAUAAAAACAAGACAACCGCCACAGUAAA